AUUUUUCCCCAGUCUACUUUCUUGUAGUUGUAUCUUUGUUUUUCAGGUGCUUGUUGGAGUUGGAGAGAGGAGGCAAGGACAGGAAGGUGGUCACUUCCCACGUCAUGGCUGACGGAGAAGCGAAGGAGUUUAGCAGCCAAGUCCGGGGAGCAGAGGACAAGAUCAAGGAUGUCUGCCGUGGAGGUUGAGGAAUGGAUGUGUGUGGGCUCGUUGGUGUUGAGGAUGGCCAGAUGUGAGUUGUAACUCUGUUGCGCAGAAGAUUUAUGUUGAACUGAAUAACACUGUACCAUGCGUCCGACUGCUCAAUGCUACACAUCAGAUUGGCUGCCAGUCCUCGAUAUCAGGUGAUACAGGGGUGAUCCAUGUAUUGGAGUCUGAGGCAGAUCUGGAAUGGCCUUUGAGCAAAGGACCCAAUCCUCCUUAUAUGGUCCUGUUGGAGUCAUCCCUCUUCACCAAGUCCAUCAUGAUGAAGAUGAAGAAUGCCUCCAGCAGGGUGGCAGGGGUUGUGGUGGUCCCAAAAACUAGCCCACCAGAGUUCUCGCCACAUACGACAUGUCCCAAUGAGAACACAGGUGUUUACACGGAAACCUAUGAUCAUAAUUUAGCGCACUGUAACACGACUGUAUGGAAUCCUCGGGGGAACGGUCUAUCCUAUGAGGAAUUUGACUUCCCUGUCUUCUCCCUGAAAGAAGACAAUGAAACAGAGGUCAUCAAACAGUGCUACUUUGAUCAUAAUCGUGUGGUGAACGGCAGUGGCCUGCAGUACCCUCUGUGUGCCAUGCAGCUCUUCUCUCAUAUGCAUGCUGUCACUGACACUGCAACCUGCAUGAGACGCAGCAGCAUGGACUUCAGCACCUCCCCAGUGAUGGUGUGUGACCCUCUUGGUGGUUAUAAUGUGUGUGCUUUCAUCCGGCCUUAUAACAGCACCGCCUUUGGUCACAAGGAGAACGAGAGUGUUGUUAUAGCAGCAGCCAGGCUGGACAGCAAGGCAUUUUUCUUGGAGGAUUCUACAGGAGCAGAGGGGAGUGUCUCAGGGUUUGUCACUCUGCUGGCUGCUGCCCAGGCACUAUGUGAAGCCACUCAGGAAGCCCCUCGCACACGGAAUAUCCUCUUUGCCUUCUUCCACGGGGAAGUAUUUGACUACAUUGGCAGCUCUCGAAUGGUUUAUGACAUGAAGAAUAACAUGUUUGUGAUAGACCUGGAUAAUGUUCACUCAAUACUGGAGAUUGGACAGGUAGCAGUGCGCAGUGGCACCAACCUAUUUCUUCACUCAGACCCUGUGUCCAGGAGGAACAACACCGUCCAUGACGAGGUUACGAAUCUUGUAAAAAACUUACAGUCCUCCACGGCUGGUCUCAACUUCUCAUUUGUUGAGACAGAUUUUUCUCAACCACUCCCGCCCUCCUCCUUUCAGCGUUUCCUCCGAGCUCGGGCAAUUCCAGGGAUUGUUCUUGCAGACCAUCAAACAGAUUUCAACAAUAGGUACUAUGAGAGUUUUUAUGACAAUGCUGCCCACCUGAACCUGACUUAUCCAUCUAACUUGAGUCCAGAGGAACAGCUAGAGUUUGUGACUGAUACUGCAAAGUCUCUUACCGAGGUGGCUACUGCAGUUGCCCGCACUCUCUUCAAGCAGGCUGGGGGAAACAACUCCCAAGUAAACAAAAUCAAUGCAGACCCCAAAACAGUGACCCAGAUGCUGUAUGGGUUUCUGGUUAGAUCCAACAACAGCUGGUUUCAGGCAGUGAUGGCCCCAGAACUGAAGGACAUCCUCCAGCCCAACCCACCCCAGUACUACGUUGGUGUUGCCAAGUCGUCCCAUCAAGCUAACGCACUGACCUAUCUGGUCCAAUAUCUCCUGGCUAAUUUAACGGGAACAGCCACCAACCUCACCCAGAGCCAGUGCAAGAAGCCAGAUGAGCUGCCGAACGAGAGCACAUAUUUGUACUCUUAUCUCUGGGUUCAGGGCAUGGUCCCACCCAACAGCACCCAGAGGGAGUCUUUCUGCGUACGCACAGCAGUACGCCUGGUCAAGGCAGUGUCCCCCGCCUUCGAUCUGGGGGAUUACGUUUCCAAAGAAUAUUCCACAUGGACAAAAUCGCAGUGGAAGUUCAUCAAAGCUCGAAUUUUCCUAGUAGCCAGCCGGGACCUGGAGAUGCUGACCUUAGGCGUGGGAGUGGCCGUGUUGUUCACAUCGCUACUGGUCACAUACUUUGUCAGUACCAAGGCAGAUGUCCUCUUCAGCUCCGUCAGGGAACCCAACAACGCCGCAUACUGAUUGCCUCAUACUAACCUGUGACCAGCGACCACUACUCUCACAACCAAACAGUUUUUUUUUUUUACACACAAUAGGUACACAGACAAAUAGAUAGACAGGUUAGGGUGACCAACAGACAGGUUAGGCAGAACUUGAGGUUUUAACUCACAGGGAAUGGCCUGUUUGGACUCAAACAGAUGAGUUUUAACACAUAACCGGAUUUGAUUGGCCUGGAUGGAUGUGGACUCAACAGGGUCAGAUUGCCACCAGUGUAAAAUAUGUUCAUAUUUCAUUUUUUUUGUUUUGUCAAAUAAUGUUUUGUUUACUGUAUCAUGGGAUUAGGCACUAAACUUUGUUUGACCUUGACAUGUGUGUGUGGGUGUGUGUCCAAAUGGGAGGUGAGUGUUUGCGAGCGUGUGCAAGUGUGUUUAUUGAGUAUGCGGUUGUAGUAUGUACAAUAGCUUUCCUGUCAUUUCUCAGGAGAAUGAAACCUUAUGUCGGGCAAAUGGACUUUGGAUGUGGGUUCAGCUGAAUGACCAUUACUAUGCUUAAACAUUCAGAUAUCUGAAUGUCUUUAAAAAUCAACUUUAUUUUAAGUCUAGACAUAAAUUGCAGGAUUUAAUAACAUCAUGCCCACAUGUUUUUAAUCAUGUAUUGAUGGAAUUGUUAAUUGACCUAGGGUUUUUUUGUAUGUGAAGGUGAUCUCUGAUUUUGACCAACUGGGGAAUAAAUGUGAUUAAUGCCUUGAUAACAGGUUGCAAUUGUAAAUGAGAGCUGGUUCUCAACUUGCCUACCUGGUUAAAUAAAGGAGAGAGAACUAAAUAAA